UGAAUGAGAAGCAAUUUUCUGUUUUAUUGAUAACUUCUUCAGGUUCUUUUCCCAUGAACCUGAAUCUGUCAGAAGCUAAAAGGUCUUCGCAUCAACAAAGAGAAGAAAAGUAAACAGAAGUACAAGCAAACAGAUAACUCAUUAACAACCUCACAACAUAAUCCAUGACACUCACGGGAAGUGUCUUCGUUAUGCAACCACAUACGUCCUGCAUCUCCAAGAUAAUGUGGACCCCAAACUAAAAAUGCCCUUUGCUACCGCAGAUUCUGAGCCAUUGAUCAAACCAGAUGCAAGAACAAGUGCACUAGCAAUGCAUCUUCCAUGUCCCCAUCUUACAUGACCAAUCAGCUUGUCCGUUUCCUGACCACCAGGCUUUAUUCCAUUGCAUUAAUUCUUUGAGAAUGAUCGGAAAGCCUGGACUUGCGUAGAAACUCAAAGUUCCAAUUUCCAUAUAGCCCGGUUGCCUAUGUCUUCAAUCUAGACUGCUUCAUCUGCUUUUAGCUCUUUCACCAAUCUCAACAUAAGCAACUCAAAGGCAGGUUUUCUGCAGCCAUGUUAGAAGGCAAAGCCGUCAUUAACGAGACUGACAUGCUUCAAACAAUGCAGCAAGACGCGCUCCAUUUAGCUGCAAAGGCUCUCGAUAUAUUCGAUAUCACUGAGCCUACCGAAAUCGCCCAAUUCAUAAAGAAGGAAUUUGAUGAGUCAUACGGGACUGGGUGGCAGUGCAUAGUAGGAACAGAUUUUGGUUCGUUUGUGACACACAGCCAAGGCUGCUUCAUUCAUUUCUUGAUUGGUAGCCUUGCAUUCUUGCUUUUCAGGGGUACGGUCAAUCUUGCUGCUGAUGCAAAUAGGAUCCCGCCAUUGGAAGCUGUGAAGGCAUAAAGCUCUGCUUCAUAAAUCUUUACUGCCUUCCUGUUCUCCUUGAAUUUGUAUAUCAUAAUAAAUGAACAAAUUCCAAGUUCAGUAAUUUAUCAUCCUUCGUUUUCUCAA